AUAUAAUUCCAUGUUUGUACUAGACUUUUUUUUGUUCCGAUUUAAGGAGAAACGCAUGACCCUCAUGCGUCUCCUUUUAAUAAGACGCAUGACGAUAAUGUGUCUUUCAUAAAGACGCAUGAAGGUCAUGCGUCUCUCUUUUUUUUUCAUUUUUUUUAACGACGCAUGACCCUUAGGUAGAGACGCAUCUCCCUCAUGCGUCUCUUAUUUUUUUAAAAUUUUCACGGACGACGCAUGAGCGUCAUGCGUCUUAGGGAGAGACGCAUGAUGCUCAUGCGUCUCUAAUUCGAAUUAAAUCAGUCGACCGAGAGGCAGAAGGCUCAUUCAAACGCGGCAGAAAGAGUAUAAGGCAAAUUUGGCGAUUUUUCCUUGGCAAAUCCGGUGAAUCCGACGAUUUCCCCUUGUGUUCCGAUUAGACGGAGACUUCAAGUUCUAGCGGACAAUUAUUAUAUGGACCCAAAGACCCGUCCGUGCUAAAUAUGCAGAAACAUCAUAUUUCAAAUAAACUCAUGAAAGAGGGCACAACACAAGUAUUUAAAGUCCGAAGGAUAGAAAGUAAGACUCGGGACAUCGACAUUCAUGAGAAUGUUAGAUACUGGCUUGACGCCUUUGGUUUCAAAGGCGUGAUGGAUUGUGGGAGGCCCAUGAAGGUCGACAAUGAGCUGAUCAUGGCUUUGAUUGAGCGUUGGAGGCCGGAGACGCACAUUUUCCAUCUACCGAUCGGUGAGGCGACGAUCACCUUGGAAGAUGUGCAAGCCAUCUGGGGCUUGAGGGCGGAUGGUCGCGUUUUCACACGGCGUGACUAUCAUGUCAACUUUCCAGAUUGGACCAGCAAGUGCCGUGAUCUGUUGGGAUGGAUACCAGAUACUUCCACAGAGACAAAGCAAGACGGUUUGCUGAUGACCGUGCUGAUCAACCAGACAAGGAUGCCUCUGGGUAAUGACCUACCUACGUACGUAUACAUCCAAAAGGCACGUAUCCAUGCCCUAAUUUUAUUAGGAGGUCUCAUUCUACCAGACACCACGGGGUGUAAGGUUCCAUUUAUGUGGUUGAAUGCGCUUGGGGAUCCGGAAGAGGUGAAGACUAUUAGUUGGGGAAGUGCGGCAUUGGCCUACCUUUAUCAUUAUCUGUGCGAGGCUUCCAUGGAUAAGAGGAAAGAGUUGGGCGGGCCUAUGAUCCUUCUGCAGCUAUGGGCGUGGGAAAGAAUGCCCACAUUGAGGCCUUCGUUCAUAGGAUCAGUUGUGCACGAGCCAUAUACAUCAUGUGGCACCAGGUGGAAAGGAACAUCGCAGCUAGGAAAUGCUCCUAGAUACUCGGUUGAGCAUUACCGUGACCAAAUAUCUCUGAUUAGACCCAACCAGUUUAUCGGGACGACAUACGCACACUGCAUACUGUCUGACUACUGCAAUGAUGUGAAUGAAUGCUCUUUGUGUGAAACCUACUUGGUAUGUUGGGCCUAUGUCGAGGCACAUGAGCCUGGACGAGUGCGGCGACAGUUCAAUCGGUAUCAGGAUAUACCUCAGUAUGUAGACAGGAUGCUAAGGAACGCUGAUCAUUUGGGCAAAAAUGAUCGGCGUGGUAAGAAGGGCAACAACUGGGCAAACACGCAUCAGUUCUAUAUUGGGGAGUGGGACCUGAGGUACGAAAGGUUCCAUGCUGCCGAAGACGCCGCACCGAUGUCCAUGAAUAUUCUUAUGAGCCCGGGGUAUAUGGCGUGGUAUAACAGGAUUACCGUGACGUACCUGGCUCAGCCUGGGGCACGGUCCACUGCUGGGAUGAACGAGUCGACUGCUUCGAUGAGACUAUUUGUUGAGGGUUUUCAGCAGGUUUUCCAUUUAACUACGGACGAUGAAAUGGACCCACGAGUACGCCAGAUUCGAGAAAUUGUUAGGAAUGUCCUCGAAUCUACGAACAACGCUGAUGUCAUGGAGUACCCCGCUUCUCAACAUCAGGACGUGGUCAUGCCUUACCAAUCAGAAGUAGUUCCACGGCGUCGUGGAGUGCCUGGUGUUCGGACUGGGGGACACGGCUACACAAAGCAAUCAUUGGUGAUGAAAAGUUAG